AUGGCUCACGGGCCAGGCGCGCUGAUGCUCAAGUGCGUGUUGGUGGGCGACGGGGCGGUGGGCAAGACGUGCCUGCUCAUGAGCUACCCCAACGACGCCUUCCCCCAGGAGUACGUGCCCACCGUCUUCGACCACUACGCCGUCAGCGUCACUGUGGGGGGCAAGCAGUACCUCCUGGGACUCUGUGACACGGCGGGACAGGAAGACUAUGAUCGUCUGAGGCCUUUAUCCUAUCCAAUGACUGAUGUCUUCCUCAUAUGCUUCUCCGUGGUCAAUCCAGCCUCAUUUCAAAAUGUGAAAGAAGAGUGGGUACUGGAACUUAAGGAAUAUGCCCCAAAUGUGCCCUUUUUAUUAAUAGGAACUCAGAUUGAUCUCCGGGAUGACCCCAAAACUUUAGCGAGACUGAAUGAUAUGAAAGAAAAACCUAUAUGUGUGGAACAAGGACAGAAACUAGCAAAAGAGAUAGGAGCAUGCUGCUAUGUGGAAUGUUCAGCUUUAACCCAGAAGGGAUUGAAGACUGUUUUUGAUGAGGCUAUCAUAGCCAUUUUAACUCCAAAG